AUGUGUUUGGCCCAGAAAGCGUGGAUCGAGAGGGUCUUUCAGAAGAGAGAAUGUAUUCACAUAUUCCCCAGCAAGGACCCUACAAGAUGUUCGUGUGGUCAGCUGAUAACGCAGCACGUGGUGAUCCCGCUGGGCGCUCUGACCAACAAGCUGUCGGAGGAGAACCAUCAGCUGGUCCAGAUCGACCCGCCCCAGCAGGAGAGGUGGUCCGUGGCCAAAAACACACAGACCUCCCCCACCGACGCCUUCGGGACCAUCGAGUUCCAGGGUGGAGGCCUCAUCAACAAGGCAAUGUACAUCAGAGUGUCCCAUGACUCUAAGCCAGACAAUCUGCUCCAACUGAUGGUGAAAGACUGGCAGCUGGAACUCCCCAACCUGCUCAUCUCCAUCCACGGAGGGCUGCAGAACUUUGACCUGCAGCCCAAACUCAAACAGGUGUUAGGGAAGGGACUCAUCAAGGCUGCAGUAACCACCGGAGCAUGGAUCUUCACUGGGGGAGUCAGCACUGGUGUGAUCCGUCACGUGGGGGACGCCCUGAAGGACCACUCCUCUAAGUCCAGAGGGAAGGUAUGUGCCAUCGGCAUCGCUCCCUGGGGCAUCAUAGAGAACAAGGAGGAUCUCAUCGGUAGGGAUGUAACACGGCCGUACCAGACCAUGUCCAACCCGCUGUCCAAGCUGUCUGUCCUGAACAACAGCCACUCCCACUUCAUCCUGGCGGACAACGGCACCACAGGGAAGUACGGAGCGGAGGUGAAGCUACGUCGCCAGCUGGAAAAACACAUCUCACUGCAGAAGAUCAACACACGCCUGGGCCAAGGGGUCCCGUUGGUGUGUCUGAUCGUAGAGGGAGGUCCUAAUGUCAUCUCCAUCACCCUGGAGAGUCUGAAGGAGGAACCUCCCGUCCCCGUGGUGGUCUGUGAUGGCAGCGGGAGGGCGUCGGACAUCAUGUCCUUCGCUCACAAAUACUGCGAGGAGGGAGGUCUGAUAACUGACGACGUGAGGGACCAGCUGCUGGUGACCAUACAGAAGACCUUCAACUAUAGUAAGAGCCAAUCACAGCAGAUCCUGCUCAUGGUCAUGGAGUGCAUGAAGAAGAAGGAGCUGAUAACAGUGUUUCGAAUGGGGUCGGAAGGACAGCAAGAUAUAGAAAUGGCCAUUCUGACUGCUUUAUUAAAAGGGACCAACGCCUCUGCCCCGGACCAGCUGAGUCUAGCUCUGGCCUGGAACAGAGUGGACAUAGCACGCAACCAGAUCUUUGUCUACGGGCACCAUCUACCACCUGCCAGUGCCCUAGCUAACAGCAGUGGUACCGUAGCCACUACCACAGAGAGGCCGAAGAGUCCGGCCGCUGCCCCAAGGAACAAGGCCAAGGCCCGGGGGAAAAAGGGGAAGGGAGGGAAGGCCAAGCCUGAACCACCAGAGGAGACUGACCCUAGGAAGAUAGAACUAAUGAGAUGGGUGAACUCUCUGGAGCAGGCCAUGAUGGAUGCCUUGGUGCUGGACAGGGUGGACUUCGUCAAGCUGCUGAUAGAGAAUGGCGUCAACAUCCACCAUUUCCUCACCAUUCCUCGCCUGGAGGAGCUGUACAACACGAGACUGGGUCCUGCUAACACGUUGCAUGUUGUGGUGAGAGACGUCAAGAAGGGCAACCUCCCACCAGACUACCAGAUCACUCUGAUUGACAUUGGUCUGGUGAUGGAGUACCUGAUGGGCGGGGCUUACCGCUGUAACUACACCAGGAAGAACUUCAGGGCGCUUUACAACAACCUUUACGGGCUGAAGAGGCCAAAAGCCUUGAAGAUGCUGGGGCUGGAGGACGACGAGCCGAGGGGAAAGAAUAAGAAAGGGAAGAAGAAGAAAGAGGAGGAGGUAGAGAUAGAUGUGGACGACCCUGAGGUCUGUCGCUUCACCUACCCCUUCCACGAGCUGAUGGUGUGGGCCGUUCUCAUGAAGCGCCAGAAGAUGGCGCUGUUUCUGUGGCAACGUGGGGAGGAGGCCAUGGCCAAGGCUCUGGUGGCCUGUAAGCUAUACACAGCCAUGGCUAAAGAGUCAUCUGAACUGGUGGACGAUAUCGCCCAGGACCUGGACAACAACUCCAAGGAGUUUGGCCAGCUGGCCUACGAGCUCCUGGACCAGUCCUAUAAGCACGAUGAACAGGUGGCCAUGAAGCUGCUGACCUAUGAGCUAACCAAUUGGAGCAACUCUACCUGUCUGAAACUGGCCGUGGCCGCCAAGCACAGAGACUUCAUCGCCCACACCUGCAGUCAGAUGCUGCUCACCGACAUGUGGAUGGGAAAUCUGAGAAUGGGGAAGAACCCCGGGCUGAAGGUGAUUCUGGGCAUCAUAUUCCCUCCAUCAAUUCUGCUGCUGGUGGACUUCAAAGGAGAAGACCAGUCCUACACAGCGAACUCUGACGAAGGGAAAGACAAGGACGAUGACACCGGCAAGGAUGACGUUGUGUCAAGGAAGGGGGACGAAGAGGAGGGCAGCAGUAAUGUCAGGAGGAAGCCUAUUGGACAGAGGAUCUAUGAGUUCUAUGAUGCCCCGUUCACCAAGUUCUGGUUCAACACCAUCUCCUACCUGGGCUACCUGAUGCUGUAUAACUACAUAAUCCUGGUGAAGAUGGAACGAUGGCCGUCCAUCCAGGAGUGGAUCGUCAUCGCCUACAUCCUCACGCUCGGCUUCGAGAAAGUCAGACAGAUCCUGAUGUCAGAGCCUGGGAAGCUGAAGCAGAAGAUCAACGUAUGGCUGCAAGAGGUCUGGAACAUCACUGACCUGGCAGCCAUCUCCACCUUCCUGGUUGGCCUUCUGCUGAGGCUGCAGAACGAACCCCUCCUGGGCAUCGGACGGGUCAUCUACUGCAUAGACAUCAUCUUCUGGUACAUCAGGGUGCUCGACAUCUUCGGGGUCAACAAGUACCUGGGACCCUAUGUCAUGAUGAUCGGGAAAAUGAUGAUCGACAUGCUGUACUUCGUGAUAAUCAUGUUGGUGGUGUUGAUGAGUUUCGGGGUGUCGCGGCAGGCCAUCUUGCACCCUGAUGAGGAGCCAACAUGGCGUCUGGCCAGGAACAUCUUCUACAUGCCCUACUGGAUGAUCUAUGGAGAGGUGUUUGCCGACUCGAUCGACCGUAAGACUCAGAUUUAUAUCUAUGCAAUGGAAAUCAACCCGCCGUGUGGUGAGAACCUGUAUGAUGAGGAUGGUAAGAAGCUGCCUCCGUGUAUCCCUGGAGCCUGGCUGACCCCUGCCAUCAUGGCCUGUUAUCUACUGGUGGCCAACAUCCUGCUGGUCAACCUGUUGAUUGCUGUCUUCAACAACACUUUUAUGGAGGUGAAGGCCAUCUCCAACCAGAUCUGGAAGUUCCAGAGAUAUCAGCUGAUUAUGAUCUUCCAUGACCGUCCGAUCCUCCCUCCGCCCCUCAUCGUGUUCAGUCACCUCUACCUCCUGUUCAGAAGCUUUCGCUGCACCAAGAAGAAUGAUGGAGAUCUGAACGAGAAGGACAGAGGACUCAAGCUACGGCUGAACCCUGAGGAGCUGAAGGCUCUAUUUGAGUUUGAGGAGCAGUGUGUGGAGGAGUACUUCAGACAGAAGGAGGACGAGCACCAUUCAUCCAGUGACCAGAGGAUCAAGGUGACAUCAGAACGGGUGGAGAACAUGUCCAUGCGUCUGGAGGAGGUGAAUGAGAGGGAGAACACCAUGAAGGCGUCCCUGCAGACGGUGGACCUUCGCCUGGCUCAGCUGGAAGACAUCCACAGCCGCAUGAUGAACGCCCUAGAGAAGCUGGCUGGGGUCGACCAUUCAGAGCUUAAACGCUCCCACUCCACACACUCCUCCUACUGUGACCCAUCCUCCCUGCUCCGAGCCAGCUCCAUCAACAGCGCUGAUGGCUACAGCAUGUACCGCUUCCAGAUGGACGUGGACGAGGCUGAGAGGAAAGCCCAGCUUGGCACUGAGAGGCAGGGCAGUGUACGGUCUCGCCUAGGGUCUGAGAGGCAGGGCAGCCUACAGAAAUUGUCUAGCGCAUCUACCCUGACUGUAGGCCGGGAGCGACAUGGCAGCCUACAAGCCAGGGUUUCCAAGGACUAUGGCCUGCCGUUAGACAUGGACAGAGCAGACAGGACACGGCCCAGCUCCUAUGUGGACAUCCUGAUCUCCCCAUGUGAACAAAGGGCUGAAGGGGAGACAGAUGGAGGAGAAACCAUGUCUGACAUAUCUAAAGACAAAGUACCAGACCCCACAGAUCCACUGGAUGCUGCAUUAGCUAAAGCAGGUCUACCAAGUGAGAAGACCAAGCUGGAGAAGUCUAGAUCUGUUAAAUGCUAUCCCAGCAACCCUGUGGAUCACUGCAUUACCUCUAGAAGCAGGGCUAAGAGCACUAUCCUCUACGACCAAACUGCUGCCGAUUGCGUGGCCCUCUGGGUUGCAGGCUACAAUCCUAAACAGGAAACCCCAGACAGUAGAGAUCCUCUGGAUACUGCGUUAGCUAAAAAAGGUCUGCCAAGAGAGAAGUCCAAGCUGGUGGCAACCAUGUCCUCCCCAUUGGAGAAGUGUAUCCAUGCUAUCCCAUACUACCACACCACACCUCCAUUGACCCCUCGAUCCACUAGGACCAGGGCUAAAAGCAACAUCUCCCCAAACACAGCAGGGGAUGAGAGUGAGGCCCUCUGGGCAGCAGACUACAGAUCUGUGAUAGGCCAGGUGUCCGAUGCUCCAGGCCAGUUGCCAGCCUGCUGGGAGCACAAGGUCCACCACAGCCACUUCGGACAACAGCCCAAGGUUUCUGUGGCCUGGCCUCAUGACCAGCUACCUGACACGCAAAGAUUCUCUGAACCUGAGCCUGAAAAACAGGAGUCUAACAUGUUUCCUCUGAUUCCACCAGCUGUAGAGACUGAACUACUUAAACAGCCUUCUGACAUGGUUCCACAAGAAGCUUUGCGGGUUCCACAAGAAGCUUUGCAGGUUCCACAAGAAGCUUUGCGGGUUCCACCAGAAGCUUUGCGGGUUCCACCAGAAGCUUUGCUGGUUCCUCCAGACAUUAAGUUGUCCCCUCCUCCGACCGAACUGGAUCCUCCAGAGACAGAGUUAGAUCCACGAGUUCUUCCACUGGGAGGACCACACCCAGGUCUGGCAGGCUACUGCCCCAGUCAAGGCUACCUGCUGAUGGCUGAGAAGAAGAUGUUCUCUCACAGGUCUAAGAACUGGAACGCCAGCGACCGGAAAGGAAGAGCCUGGGAUAGAGCAUGGAGAAACCAAGAGCCUGGACCACUGGCAAACACUCCAGAACCUUCCACCGCUGGACCACUGGCAAACACUCCAGAACCUUCCAUCACAGGACCACUGGCAAACACUCCAGAACCUUCCAUCACAGGACCACUGGCAAACACUCCAGAACCUUCCAUCACAGGACCACUGGCAAACACUCCAGAACCUUCCAUCACAGGACCACUGGCAAACACUCCAGAACCUUCCACCGCUGAACCACUAGCAAACACUCCAGAACCUUCCAUCACAGGACCACUGGCGAACACUCCAGAACCUUCCACCCCUGAACCACUGGCAAACACUCCAGAACCUUCCACCGCUGAACCACUGGCAAGCACUCCAGAACCAGCCAUCACAGGACCACUGGCGAACACUCCAGAACCUUCCACCGCUGAACCACUGUCAAGCACUCCAGAACCUUCCACCGCUGAACCACUGGCAAACACUCCAGAACCUUCCACCGCUGAACCACUGUCAAGCACUCCAGAACCUUCCACCGCUGAACCACUGUCAAGCACUCCAGAACCAGCCAUCACAGGACCACUGGCAAACACUCCAGAACCUUCCACCGCUGAACCACUGUCAAGCACUCCAGAACCAGCCAUCACAGGACCACUGGCAAACACUCCAGAACCUUCCACCGCUGGACCACUGUCAAACACUCCAGAACCUUCCACCACUGAACCACUGUCAAACACUCCAGAACCUUCCAUCACAGGACCACUGAGUGAGCGGUCUGUCUACCAGAAGAUGGUUGCUGACUGCAAGACCACCUGUUAA